AUGGAUAAUAAUACAUCUGAGUUUCUUCUCUGGGAAUUCUCAAAGAUUUGGGAACUACAGAUUAUGUACGUAACUUUAUUACUGACACUGUAUUUAAUGACAGUAACAGGGAACCUUCUCAUCAUCAUUGCUGUUGUUUUUGAUCACCACCUGCACAUUCCCAUGUACUUCUUUGUGAUGAACUUAGCAAUGCAGGACAUUGGCUCAGUUUCAGUUAUUAUCCCCAAAGCUGUUUUUAACUGCCUUAUGAAAAUAAGGCAUAUUUCUUAUUCAGGGUGUGUUGCUCAAGUCCUCUUGUCUGUUUUCUUCCUGACCUCUGAUGUUGCCCUCCUGACUGUCAUGGCCUAUGAUCGGUUUGUUGCCAUUUGCAAUCCUUUGCAAUAUGAAAUGAUAAUGAACAGGAAAGCCUGCACCAGAAUGGUUGACAGUGUGUGGAUUGCUAGUUUUCUUGAUGCUGCAUUACAAACUAUUGGAACAUUUACAACUCCUUUUUGCUCUAAUAUUGUCAAUCAGUUCUACUGUGAAAUCCCACAUUUACUUAAGAUUGCUUGCUCUGGUUCAUAUCUAACUGAAACUGGAGUUCUAAUGUUCAGUAUUACAUUAGGAUGUGGAUGUUUCAUCUUCAUUGUUAUUACGUAUGUGAAGAUCUUCUCUGCUGUUCUGAGAAUUCCUUCUGUUCAAGGAAGAAAAAAGGCUUUCUCCACUUGCCUACCUCACCUCAUUGUUUUCUCUGUAUUUUUGUUUACUGGUUGCUUUGCCUAUCUGAGGCCCAUAUCUGACAAACUAUCACAUCUUGAUUUUAUAAUUACAAUACUCUAUUCCAUAAUUCCAGCCAUGCUGAAUCCAUUAAUCUACAGCAUGAGAAACAAAGACCUUAAAGCUGCUCUUUCCAAACUUCUGCAGUCAUUUCUUUUUGAGAAAACAGUGAACCAUGUAUCUACCUUUUUAUCUAUGUUAAAGGGAAAGAAAAAAAAAAUUAGUCCAUAUUCGUCAUUUGGAGACUGCUCACGGAUGCUGGGGAGCUUUGCAUGCUAUUUAUGCGAGACAAACCUCCGUCAUUUGGAGACUGCUCACGGAUGCUGGGGAGCUUUGCAUGCUAUUUAUGCGAGACAAACCUCAGCUGCUAUCGUAAGUUUAUCAAAGCAGUUAUAUAAUCUUAAAUUGGAUCAAGGAGCUAAUGUAAUUGAGCAUUUACAUAAGAUGAAAACUUUGUUUGCUGAGCUGGAGGAUCGUGACAUGGCAAUACUAGAGAGACAAAAAGCUUGCAUAAUUCUUUCGAGUUUGGAUGAUUCCUUUGAUAUGCUGGUUGAAGCAGCGCAGACUUUGACACCUGCAGAUCUUACAGUGGAUUAUCUUACAAAUCAUCUACAGGAAAUUCAGAAUGGUCGUGAAUUGCAGAGUUCAAAGAAAAGGCUUGAUAACGUGAGGCAGCGACCUUCUGCUGGCAUAGAGACUGCAUGCGUAGUAAGAAAAUGUUUUCGCUGUAAUUCUACCAAACAUCUCAUAAAAGACUGUCCUAUGAAAAAUCAGCCAACUGAUAGUUCCAGAAAGUUCGUCCGUCAUGGGAAGGGACUGCCUGUUAAACAGCAAGCAAGUCAUGGUCAGGUUGAAAUCUCUAGAAAUGCUAAUUUUGAAGAGCCUACUGAUUGGAAAAGGCCGCAUGCAAAUUCAGAGGUCAUUUUGCAUUCAAACACAGAAUUAGCUAGAGAACAAACACCUUUUGUACCCACAUCUCCACAAGUCCUCAAAGAGCCUGCUCAGAUGAAAAAAGAAGCAGUUUCACCAAAACAAGUGCAGGGCCAGGAGGGGGAAUUAAUGGAGUUACCUGAGUUAGAGCAGAAAACAGAAAAAUAA